AAAAUGAAGACUCAGCCCAAAAGACAGAGUGUGCAGAUCAGCUGGUUGAUACUUUGGAGUCGGGUACUUCGCAGAGCGGGUUGCAGAUUGGGUCGCUUGUGAGUGUGGGCACAACAGAGGAUUCAAAAGGAGAAGCUGGCACUUUGGAGGACCAGGAAGUGGCUGAACUAGAAGAGAAGCUGCCUGACCAAAUCCAGUCCCUCAAAGAGGAAGCUGUUCGGAUAACCAACUACCAUGUACCUCAAGGAGCAGGGGAUAUAGUCAUGAUUCAGUCAGAUCACACUGGUGCUGUGGAUAUCCUUUCAGCUGAGCUGGAGACUGCAGACCUCCUUGGGGAGCAGAGGAAAGCUCAGCCUCCCCCUCUGGCUGCACCCACCCUGUGGACCACUGAGAAGACAAAGGAAUUCAAAGCCAAGAUGGGAAAGGAGAAGAAUGGCCGGAUGGUGGUGAAGCGAGGCGAGGUGGUGACAGUCCGUGUGCCAACCCAUCCUGAUGGGAAAUGCAUUUGCUGGGAGUUCGCUACAGAUGACUACGACAUUGGGUUUGGAGUCUAUUUUGACUGGACCGCAGUUACUAGCACUGCCAUUACUGUUCAGGUCAGCGAAUCCAGUGAUGAGGAGGAUGAAGAGGAGGAGGAAGAAAUUGAAGGACUCGCCCCUGUUGGUGAUGUGGAAAGAGGCUCCAAAAGCUAUCUGCGGAACCGCUAUGGAGAGAUCAUGCCCGUAUAUCGGAGGAACAGCCAUCGGGAGGUGCAGGCAGGCAGCCACGAGUACCCAGGCGAGGGCAUCUACCUGCUGAAAUUUGAUAACUCGUACUCUCUGCUCCGCAAUAAGACUCUGUUCUUUCAUGUCUAUUACACCAGCUGAAGAAAAGAGAAGGGGCAGGGACGGCAGGCAGGUAAUGGUGAGUGUGGCAGGCUGCCACCUAGCCCUGGUACCGCCUGGUGGGUGCUGCUGUGUGACAGAACCAAGGCACAAGUCUGCUGGCUCUUCUUCAGACACUAACUGGUUUCUUCCUACACCCUCUUUCCCCACUGUCCCAGUGGAGAAAGGUAGUUGUGACUGCCUGGUUGUCCACAGGCAGCUGUUCUUUCUCUAGAACUUCGGGAGGUCUGCUCUG